AUGCCCACCAGAAACCCUCGAGGGUCUUUGAUCAAACGCAGGGAACGUACCCCGAGCACAAGUGCUACCGACUCUGAUUCUGACUCAGAUGUCAACACGUACAGACUUCCUCUUCAACCCCAUGGCUCAUGGCUGGCAGACUUUCAAGUAACUCAAACGAUGUGGCUGGGACUCUCUCUGCUGAGUUUGUUCUUGACCUGGGCAUAUGUUAUACCCUAUAUCGACGGACGGCUCCGUCACGGAAAACAAAUGAGAAGUGCUUAUAAUGCCAAAAUCAUCACCCCAAGCAGUGUAUCUGCAAUUCCAUUAUUAUAUAAGAAUAUCACCUACAAUGCUACCAGAAAAGAAGGAGACAUAUUUCGAGGACGAUUGGAUACAUUCCUAGGCAACACGCUUUUAACCUUCAACAGGUUCAUUAACGAGAUGCUAGACUACCCGCAAGGGCGCCAAUUCCUAAAACUAUUUGAGGACGUACAGGCUGACGCUGACAAGCUAUAUCAUGAAUAUAUGAUAUAUUAUGAUCUGGUUCGUCGACACGUGGAGGACGCAAUGAUACUCACCAAUGCGGUGGUAGAGGAUUUGACCGAACUUACUUCUGAUGUUAGACCCAUCAGAACUUCCAAUUUCAGACAAUGGAUAAGCCACCCCUAUUGGGGAUCUAUAUCCAAGCAGCCAGUCAGGUCAAAAUUGAUCAGAAAAUUAUUCAUUGAAUAUCUGAGAGGGUUAAGAGAUGGAUACAUGUUGCCUCAGUCAAAUGUGUAUCUCGGAAAAUCCGUGGGGUUACGUAAAGUAAUCGAGAUAGGCCAAUCAUUUUUGCCCGAACUUGGAGCGGCCAACGAUACCAGUCGAGCGCUACGAUCCGCUGUAGAAUUUUGCAUUUACAAAGUCUUAACAGACCAAAAUCUAACGAAUCCUGACUUUGUACCUCGCUCAGAGAUUUUAAAAAUGCUUCCAUUUUUACAGCGCUCGAACAAGAAAUCUGACAAGGGACAUAGUAAUGAUACAGUCGGUUAUAUGACCUAUUGGCUCGACAAUAAAUCUGCGGCCGGUGAACACGUGCGCGAAGUGGAGAUGUCCAACUCGGUUCACCGAUUCCAGCGAAACCUAAUCGAUAUUUCGGAACAGGUUACCAAAAUCAUCGAUGAUUGUUUGGAUGAGAGGAGUGGAAUUCAAGAAGUCUCAUCAACGAUAUGUUACAUUGAUGCGAUAGAGAAGGGACUCAAAGAACUGGCCUUUUCUCAUAACUUCCAGUCAAUAUAUCCAGGUCAUCCAAAUUGUCCCAGGGCAAUCUGGGAGGUCAAUAAAUGUAUUUGGAAACGAGAUGCUAGGGGACCUCUGAAAGGGUUGAAUCAUUGUGGACAUCUCGAGAGGCUGAUAAAGGAAAAAGUGUAUUAA